AUGUCUGUAAUCGACUUGUUCUCGCUCUCACUGUUCCCUGCUACGGAGGACCAGAUUGUCGAAGGAAGAAAGCGCUGGCACAAGCAAUGGUCGGCUCAUUUGACUUUAGAAGAACACCUCAAUCGAUUUGCUCGCCUAGAUAUGGAUGAACAUUGUCGGGAUGGCAAGCUUUCGACUUGGGUGAUUGCUCCGCGAGACGACCCAAGGACAUUGACGUUCAAGUGUUGCUCCGAAGUAUUCCGGCGAAAGGCCAUUGUAAAGCGACCAGAUACAGACAUGACCGAGGAAGUCAUUGCAUAUGCCGUUACAGCCGUCUACACACCGCCAGAGUAUCGAGGGCGGGGGUACGCUCGUCAUAUGAUGAGGCUCCUCCAUUGGGUUCUCGCUCUGCGGGAAUCCUUGCCACCAUUCCCGUCCAACUGGGGUGAUCCACCUCCAAAGGUUCCCGGAUUCAAUGAUGCCCAGUUCUCUGUAUUGUACAGUUACAUUGGGCGACACUUCUAUGCAUCUGCGGGACCUGAUGAGAACAGUGAGGGAUGGCUUGUUUGCAACGCCUGUUGGACAACCUGGGAUUUGGCUCAUACUCUGACUGAAAUCAGAAAAGAGGGUAGCUGUGAGCGAGGCUCAGAAUGGCUUGAUGAAGAAGGCUGCAACCGAGUUUGGCAGGAAGACGCUCAGCUCAUGCAAACAUUCCUGGACUUGCCUCCAGAAUUUGCAACAAAACGGACAGUGUUUGCAUUCCUUCCGACGGAUGGUGUGGCAUUGAGUCAUCUCAGAAGAACUCCGUGCUUUGAUGCUGGACAACCCUAUCCAACUCCAACCAAGUGGGGUGUCGAGCUGCAUUCAAAUCCGGCCACCCUAAGCAGUCUGGUGUUCGCAACCUGGGAGCCCAAGUUUCGUCCUUCACCAACUACCCUAAACAUCACCCGUCUUCGUGCAACAAAGGAGACCUUUCCAAAGCUGCUCCAGCUGAUCUUUGUCGCUGCGCGUGAAAUGGGAAUGGAGCGCGUCAAGGUUUGGAACUUACCAAAUGAAUUCCGAGAUGAUGCCAGUGCGACGGGAGGAGUGACAGCAGAGAGAAAUGAUGGCCUGAGUUGUUUCAAAUGGUAUGGACCUGAGUCAAGGGAAGAUCUUCACUGGGUAUAUAACGAAAAGUAUUGCUGGACUUAG